AUGAAAGAUGCUAUACGUUUGUUAACUCAAGUACUUGCCACCCAGGCUGGACAACAGAAUAGGAGUCACGAAUAUCCAGAUAGGGCUGCCAGUGCCAGGGCACGAGAUUUUCUUACAUUAAAUCCUCCAGAAUUUAAGGGCACGGACCCUAAUGCUGAUCCUCAGGAGUUCAUAGAUGGAUUGGAGUCGGAGUUGCAGGAGAUGUGUAUGCCAGUGGCAAUGCAGCCGGGUAUAGAUAUAGCUCGUAUCCAAGCUUAUGCUCAGGGGGCAGAGGAUCGUAAGCGCCAACGAGAGGCUAUUUCAGAGCAGGGUGGUAGUCAGCCCAAGAGGGCCAGGACAGAAGGUCGGAGUAAGGGUUCCACUAGCGAGAGCAGGCCCCAGUACAGUGCACCUUCGCCGGUUUCGCGGACCUCGCCGGAGUAG